CUAAAUUGGACAGAAUUAUGAAGAUCAUUGGCACGGAGCCAUGUAGCAGUGUCAUCCCUUUCCAUCGGCCAACGGGUUUCAGCUGAGGAGAGUUUUGUUCAACGGAUGGCGCCCACGUGGGUCUGUUGACCCAACUGGAAGACUCUGACGAACUGGUCAAGACACCCGAGGAGGCUUCCAAGUUUGAGUUUUCGAGAACUUGCCGUGUAGCGUGUACCUGAGAUAAGCGCAGGAUGCCUGACUAUUCUCCGUUCGAUGAAGUUAUAAGCGGAUCCAAUGUUAGAAUUUUGUUCCAGAGCUAUUGCGGCCAGUUCGUUAGUCGUGGGACCGUUCACUUUGUUGGUGUGCUGGCAGAAGGAUUAUACGGCCAGUUCGCGGUGUUCCGCAUAUAGACGAAAAACGGUGACGUUGGGCCGACCACAUAUCGGAGGUGGGUUUGCAGGCACCACAACGUCGCUUAGAGGCCCUAGGAUUGCUCGGCUUCUCCUGCAUGGCGGGGACAGCGAAGCCACAUAACAAAGUUUGGCCAAAAUCCACCGACAC